AUUUGUUACUGCAAGAGUGACAUGUAAACACUCCAAAAUUCAUUGUAAAGUACUUCUGUCACAUGGUUUUCUAUUCAAAAUGUUUGUUAUUGUUGAUCAGUGAUUCGAAACGAAUAAGGGUAGUUGAUUUUCUGUGAAUUUUCGAUGGUUUGUACUUUUUUUAUCGCGUUUAUUGAGCUGGCCGUGCCGGGAUUAUUCAAAUGUUUUCUGUGAUGUGAAUCAUUUUUGGACCAGCACUCUUUGAUGGAUUUUGAAGUAUUUUAAAAAUGUAAAAUGAGAUGGAGUGUGGAGUGCAAAGCGCGAUGCUAAGCGUCCCACCAGUCGGAGAUGCGGGGGUGCCACAGCCUCUGCCUGCGGCCUACUCCCCCACAGAGGCGGACCAGGCCCAAUUCGAGGCCGACAAAAGGGCCGUCUACAAGCAUCCUCUCUUUCCUUUAUUGGCUCUCCUAUUCGAACGAUGUGAACUCGCUACCCAAUCUUCAGACUCCCAGUCCAGUGAAGCCUUCAACCUGGACAUCCAGGCUUUUGUUCAACACCAAGAACGCGAUAGAAAACCUUUUUUAGCGAACGAACCAGAAAUUGAUGGAUUGAUGAUAAAAGCCAUACAAGUGUUGAGGAUACACCUGUUGGAAUUAGAAAAAGUCCAAGAACUCUGUAAGGAUUUCUGUAAUCGCUACAUCACGUGUUUAAAAGGAAAAAUGCAAUCUGAGAACUUACUGAGAUCCGAUUAUCCACAAGAUGUUUUAGGUACCGGCCUUAUGGGCAACAUGGAGAACAACAACAAUAUGAUGUCACAUGGCAACUCGGAUAGCGGAUCAGCUUCUAACAGUCCCGUACAAUAUUCAAUUAGUCCACCACAACCAGUCCUCCCGAACCCGCCCGGCCUGCUGGACACGCCCCCAGCCUACCCGGCCCCGCCCCUCUACCCCACCACGCCCCUCCCGCCGGCCCCGCCUCCCGUCGACGCGCUCGUCGUGCACGGCUCGACGCCGCUGUCGCAGAUCGGGGCGGGGCUGUGUUCGGUACCUCCCAGCGAGGGGUCGGGCCCGCUGUCGCCCGCUCCCACCACGCCUGGCGGGUCGGCCGACGACUGUGACAGCGAUUUCGCGUCGAGGGGCGGCAGGAAGCAGAAGAGGGGCGUGCUGCCGAAGCACGCGACCAGCGUGAUGCGGUCGUGGUUGUUCCAGCAUCUGGUGCAUCCUUAUCCUACGGAGGACGAAAAACGACACAUAGCUGCCCAAACGAACCUCACCCUUCUGCAGGUGAACAAUUGGUUCAUCAACGCGAGAAGAAGAAUCCUGCAGCCGAUGUUGGACGCUAGCGCUCCGUCGGAGAACAGUAGCACCACCAACUCACCGAGUCACAAGAAGAAGAAGAGCCACCAGAACAACAACAGGAGGUUUUGGCCGCAGGACUUUGCGAAUAUGCAGCCGCAGUUGGAAAGGAUGCUGUCGAGUUCUGACGACGAGGGAGAUUCGUACAGCAGCGAUGGGGAUGAGGGUAGUUUGGUGAUAGACGCGAAUCCUCAGACAGGAGAAGUUAACCAAAACGGCCAUACUGCCGAAGUGUUAGGCUACAGCAACAGUUCGGACGCUGAGAGGCAGUGAAAAUGCCAAAAAAUACAUGUUCCUCGAGAUAAGCUUGUAGUCAUGGAAGAUCACUAGCAUUGUCUGAACUCAUUUUACAGACAAAAAAUGAAACUACUGUUCUCUAUGUUUCACCUAGUAUAAAGUGGAUUCAGGCAGUUCUUUUCACUUGUUCAUAAGGCUGAUUUAGAUCGUACAUUUCUUGUGUUAAUAUGAAACCAGUAUACGUAAUAUAUACCUCGAUAAGGCCCAUAGAGUAAAAGCUAAUGGCGUCUCACAUAAUUCAAUGUAUACGCAAAUUUUUGAAUUUGAUGCUCAUUUCAGUAUUAUAUCUGUAAUUAUUAGAGUUAUAAGUAAAUUAUAUAUGUCUGUACAUGCUAAAGUGGUUGGAUGUGUUUAAAUUAGAAAUAACUAUAUGUUUCACAAAUUUUUACAUACACUUUUUUUGCUCCCCCACUCAAAUUCGAUCUUGUAUUGAAAAUAUCAAUACGACAUUUUUCCGAGAGACGAUUAUUAUUUUGGACAGUGUCAUUAUUUAAAAACUGGUAAGUAUUUUUUUGAAAAUGUAGAAACUCACGCUUUAAAAAAAUGUAUAUAUUUGUGGACCAUAUACUGUUAUUCUUUAUUUACUAUAUGAUCAAAAGAGUUGACAAAUUUAUUUGUACUCAAA